AAUAAACUUAACCUGUUUGUUUUCUAUCGGCGUGCUUUCAUUGGAAAUUUGUAAUUAUCAGUUGCAGUGCAAAAGUUUAGAAUAAUAGUUAAUUUGUUAAUAUAACAAUGAGUUCACCGGCACCUGACACGCCGUCGGAGCGUGACGCACACUCCAGACAGACUUCACCAGCCCGCCAGUAUGAAAUGUUUGAAGAUGAAGGCGAGAUAUUGCCCGACUCUAUGGAUGAGGAAGAAGAUGAUGGGGAAGAACUCUUCAAUGAUAAUAUGGAAGCGGACUAUCGUCCCUUGCCAGGACUGGAUCGCUAUGAUGAUGAAGAUUUAGAUGAAGACGACUAUGAUCCAAUGUCUAUUGAAGAUCGGGUGGCUGCAGAGCAGGAACUACGCCGCCGCGAUCGUGACGAAGGGCGCAUGCGGAGGGAUGACCGUGGUCUCUUCUAUGAUCAUUCUGAUGAAGAAUCGGAAGAAUUCUCGAGGGCUAAGCGCCGUCGAGUGGCGGAGAAGGCGGCUGUGGGAGGCGAGGAGCAGGUUGAAGAAGGUAUUGAGAGCAUUGAAAACCUGGAAGACACAAAGGGCUACUCGGUCAAGGAGUGGGUCUGCCUCUUAGGCCCAAGAACAGAGAUCGCCAACAGAUUCAAAAACUUCCUCCGUACAUACACCAACAGCAAAGGCCAGUAUGUGUACAAGGACCGCAUAAGACGCAUGUGUGAACUCAAUCAAUCUUCGUUCCAUGUGGAAUUCAACAUAAUUGCUAGAAGGGAGCAGGUUCUAGCAUACUUCCUUCCUGAAGCGCCGUUCCAGAUGCUACAGAUCUUUGAUGAAGUAGCUUUGGAGAUUGUUCAGCAAAUAUUCCCAAGUUAUGAGCGUAUCACAGCUGAGAUCCACGUCCGCAUAUCAGAUUUGCCCCUGAUAGAGGAACUGAGGACUUUUAGAAAGCUGCACUUGAACCAGCUAGUGAGAACGGUCGGUGUGGUAACAGCCACUACUGGUGUGCUGCCCCAGUUGUCAGUGGUCAAAUACGACUGUAACAGAUGUGGCUACAUAUUGGGACCGUUUGUACAGUCACAGAGCUCCGAAGUCAAGCCUGGUUCGUGUCCUGAAUGUCAAAGUUCUGGGCCCUUCAUGGUGAACAUGGAGCAAACGGUGUACCGUAACUAUCAGAAGGUGACGAUCCAAGAGUCUCCCGGGCGCAUCCCAGCCGGCCGCAUCCCCCGCAGCAAAGACGUCAUCUUGCUGGCCGACCUCUGCGACCGAUGCAAGCCUGGCGAUGAAAUCGACCUUACGGGCAUAUACUCCAACAACUAUGAUGGCUCACUCAAUACUGAACAGGGCUUCCCUGUGUUCGCAACAGUGAUCAUGGCAAACUACAUAGUGGUGAAAGACUGUAAGCACAUAGUGGAAUCUUUGACUGAUGAGGACGUGGCGAAUAUUGUGAAGCUCUCCAAAGACCCGCGGAUUGGUGAGAGGAUCGUACAGAGUAUCGCGCCCUCUAUCUAUGGCCACGAUUACAUCAAGCGGGGGCUUGCUCUCGCCUUGUUCGGCGGGGAGCCCAAAAAUCCAGGCGACAAACACAAAGUUAGAGGAGAUAUCAAUGUGCUGAUAUGUGGAGACCCAGGAACAGCCAAGUCUCAGUUUCUGAAGUACACAGAAAAGAUCGCUCCGAGGGCAGUGUUCACUACCGGGCAAGGCGCCAGUGCUGUGGGUCUGACAGCGUACGUGAGGAAGAACCCCACUACCAGGGAUUGGACGCUGGAAGCAGGCGCUCUUGUUCUGGCGGACCGCGGCGUAUGUCUCAUUGACGAGUUCGACAAGAUGAACGACCAGGACCGCACCUCCAUCCACGAGGCCAUGGAACAACAGUCCAUCUCCAUAUCUAAGGCUGGUAUCGUCACCUCGCUCCACGCCAGGUGCUCAAUAAUAGCAGCGGCGAAUCCCAUCGGCGGCCGGUACGACGCGUCGCUGACGUUCUCUGAGAACGUGAACCUUUCGGAGCCCAUACUCUCGCGUUUCGACGUGCUUUGUGUGGUCAGGGACGAAGCCGACCCCAUGCAGGACACGCACCUCGCCAAGUUCGUGGUGAACUCCCAUAUUCGGCACCACCCUUCAAAGCGCGGCAUCAACGUCGAGGAUAGCACGGGGCCGGACCCCGAAUUCAUUCUACCACAGGACAUGCUCAAGAAAUACAUCGUCUACGCCAGGGAGAAUAUACACCCUAAGUUGCAGAACAUGGAUCAAGAUAAAGUGGCCAAAAUGUACAGUCAACUGCGACAGGAAUCCUUGGCGACUGGGAGUCUGCCCAUCACAGUGCGACACAUUGAAUCUGUAAUACGCAUGAGCGAGGCCCACGCCCGUAUACAUUUGCGGUCACAAGUGAACGAAGAGGACGUCAACAUGGCGAUCAGGACCAUGCUCGAGAGCUUCAUCGACACCCAGAAGUACAGCGUCAUGCGAGCUAUGAGACAGACAUUCCAGAAAUAUCUAUCGUAUAAGAAGGAUCACAGUGAACUGCUGUAUUACAUCCUGCGCCAGUUGACAAUGGACCAGCUGGCGUACAUGCGCGGUCUCCACAGCCACUCGCAGUCCACCAUCGAAAUAUCCGAGCGCGACCUCGUGGAAAAAGCCCGCCAAAUCAACAUCACAGAUCUGAAACCGUUCUACGACAGCAAAAUAUUCAAAAUCAACGGAUUCACCUACGAUCAGAAGAGAAAGGUCAUCGUACAUAUUCUGCCACAGGUCCCAGUCGUGUCCUAAACUCAUGUCACCCAGUUUGAUGCAAAAAUCGUUUUAAAAGUAAUUGUUAAGUUAUCGUUUUCAAAUACGUAUAUCUAGUGCCUUACCAAUAAAAAAAUUGGCUAUGCCGAACUAACGAUGGCUCAUUUAGAUCAAUACUAUCGAUAGUUAGUUACUGGCCCCGAUUCCUGCAGACACCUCCUAAUUUUACUUUAAGUUAUACUUGUCAUUUGCUUAUCCGCCGCCGAAAAGGAAAGGAAAGAUCGAUUGUAUCGAUAGUGACUAACUAUACGUAUAGUCGUCUAUUUGGUAUUUUUUUCAACUAUCGGUAGACGCUGCAGCGAACGUGUGCUUGACUGUCAAAAUUGAUUCAAUUUUGUUUGGCUGUCAAAUAUUCACUUGUUUGUUUUUAUUUUAUUGGUAAGACGGUAAAUCUAAAGCAAUCGGAAUUACGAAAUAAAAAGUUGAAAUAGUGACAAUAGUGAAAAGGUGUCAUUGGUGGAUUACGAAAGGUUGUAAGGCUGGCAGAGGUAGACCUAAAACGAUGUACAUUGACCUAGAAAAGGUUCAGUACGAUCUACUCUGGAACCGGCGUGCGUGUAUGAAAUGAUUGAUGAAUGUGGAGGAAGCAAGAGUGAAAGGAUCUUGGCAAACGGAAUUCCAUAGUCUGCUUACCCCGGUGGGAAAUUGGCGUGAGUAUAUAUAUAUGUAUGUAUGUGUCAUUGCUAAAACUGUUUUCUUUCUAAGACUAAGAAUAGUCAGAACUAUUUUUGCAUCAAAUUAAACAGAGUAUUGGGCUAUAAAGUUAAAAAUAAGUUUUGCCUAUGUUUUUUUAAGUAACAAUUAAGUUUGAUUUUAUACAACAAGUUUUUAACGUAUUUUAAUUCAUGAUUGAUGUUAGAGUGAAGAAUGUCAGCAAUUCAAAAAUGUACAAUAAACUGUUAAAUAAAUAAAACCCUAAAAUCCCGUUUGUGCAUACCAGGUUGAUGAAAACCAUUUUCAGCCUACAGUACAGUCAUGAGCAAUAUAAUGUACCCACUUUAGGACUCUGUCGCACUAACAUAUUUGACAUUUAGUGAGACUUACAGUUCAAUUUGUCAAAAAAGUUAAUGUGGCAUGGUACCAAAGUGACAUAUUAAUGCUCGUGACCGUACACGUUAAAAAAAACCUCUCGUAUCUACCUACAGCACAGCUACAGAAAAACAUCAAGUAGCUGUAACUAAGCUAAAAAUUCAAAAUUAAUAGCAAAUUCAGACACUUAUAAACCUUCAACUUUUAAACUACUGGAUAUUCUUGAAUGAAACAAAAAAUUGUAUGUAAUCCUGUAGAAGAACUGUAGUCAUGUGCAUGUGUGUAUGAUUUGCGUAAAUUCUGAUGUUCUCCAUUCAAAUGAGUGACUUUCUAGACUAUGUUCAUCUAAAAACAAACAGAUGGUUCUGUAAAUAAUAAUAUAAUAAUAAUAACAUUUCUUUAUUGAGGCAAUAAACCCAUAA